UCAUCCAGAUUUUGUCGGAUCUCGUCCAACUUGCUAAGGCGCAAGUUGAAAUAGUGCUAACCUGCUUGAGACACUGGCUGGUUUGCAAGAAAAAUGGAAGUUAUUCAGCUGGGGGAUGUCGACCUGAAUUGUCCUCGCAACUGCAAAUGCCAUAACACCCAUUUCUUCGGUACUGACAGACAGAUAGUAAGGAGAGGCCAGGCCUUUGACUUAUAUGUGCAUUUCCAAAACCGGGAAUGGGAUGACUCUGUGGACAAGAUCUCAUUCACUGUAGAGACAGGCCUCAGCCCUUGUGAAUCCAAAGAGACGAAGUGUACCUUUCCUCUGGGCAGAUGUAUAGAUCAAACCUGCUGGAGUGCUUGCUACAAACCUCAUCAGCAACGAUGCAUAAACAUCAGUGUGUUUCCACCAAUAGACGCCUGUAUUGGCUGCCACAUUCUCAAUAUGAACAUCACAUCUUGUGAUCGCUCAUUUCAGCGGUGCCUUGGAGACUUUGACAUCCUCUUUAAUCCUUGGUGUGCUGAUGACCCUGUGUAUAUGGACAAUCAGGCUCACAGAGAAGAAUAUGUUCUGAAUGAACAUGGGAUGCUGUACGAGGGAGUGCACAAGCACAUUACUUCUAGACCGUGGCACUUUGGACAGUUUGAAAAUGGGAUUCUGGAUAUCUGCCUGAAGGUCUUGGAUAUAGGUUCAAAUUACCACCAAGGCUCUGAACGAGGUUGUCGCUGGCGCAAUGAUCCUGUGCAUGUCAGUAUGGUGGUAAACCACAUGCUUUGUGGCCAUCACAGUAACAGCAUCAUGAAGCUCCCAGACAACAAUGAUUACCUGAAGGGAACUAACCCAUUAACAUGGAAUGGAAGUGUCCCCAUACUUCAGCAGUGGUAUAACGGAAGGUGUAGGCCAGUCAGGUUUGGAGACUGUCUCACUCUUGCAUCAGUGAUGUGCACAGUGAUGAGGUGUUUGGGAAUUCCAAGCCGUGUCAUAACAAAUUUCUGUUCUCCACACUGUGCUGAGAACCCCCUUGCUGUCAAUGAACUUUUUGACUCUACUGGCAAAACCCUGUGUGGCAAAGACAAACUAUGGGCAUAUCACUGCUGGAAUGAAUCCUGGAUGACUCGCAGAGACCUAGGUCUCUGCAGUAGUAACUGGCAAUGUCUGGAUCCAACACCCAUGGAGUCUGGAAGAGGUUCAGCUUGCUGUGGCCCUACCUCAAUCAGAAGUGUUAAAGAUGGAGAAUUGGAUUUGGAUUAUGAUGGCCAACAUAUAUUUUCUCGUCUGAAUGCAAGCUGUAUUGGUUGGCUUUCCAAAAGCAGUGACAAGAAAGAAAAACUUUACUAUGAUGCAUGGCUUUGCGGGCAGUGUGUUAGCACUAAGUCUGUUGGCAAUGAUCAUUGUGAAGAUAUCACUGGAACAUACAAAUAUGAACUUGGUUCUCUGAAAGGCAAAGAGGCAUUUUACAAAGCUUAUAGAAGAAUUCACUCUGGAUACUGCAAUGCUCCUAACUGUCAUAUAGAUAGAGAUUUAGCAGCUCUCCAAAACCGGUUCUUAAGUGAUGCUGGCGUGAGCAUGAGGUUUAAAAUGGUUAAUUGCCCUAUGUAUGGCCAAGAUGUCCAUCUUCAUUGGUUGCUUGAAAAUUUACGAAAUGAGCCCAAGAACCUGAAUUUCAACUUAUGCACUCAGGUGUUGACACAAAAUGGAUGUGCUUUGGAUCAGUUCUGGAAGGAAAAUAUAAAUGUUGCCCUGGGUCCAAGGGAAGCAAAAACAACCCCGUUACAUAUAUCUUAUAAUCCAUAUGGACAUCAUCUGGGUGAUCACGACAUUAUGAGGUUGGUAGCUAUCUCUGAUCCAGAGUGUGGAGGAGAAGUUCUGAUGGUGAAAAGAGACAUUGUGAUCAACAGGCCUACUGUUGCUAUUAAGCUCUUAGGUCUACCUAGGCUGAAUGAACCAUGUACUGCAGAAAUCUCCUUCUGCAAUCCCCUCCAAGAAGAUCUGAAGAAUUGUGUACUGAACCUGGAAGGCUGUGGCUUAUUUAAAGAGCCUAUGGCUGUUGAUUUAGGAACCUUGGCUUCCAAUCACCAAGCACGAACUGUAGUGGAGUUUAUACCCUAUAGGUAUGGUUGCCACCGGCUCCUAGCCAACUUUGCAUGUCACAAGUUUGGCUACUGCAAAGGUUAUGCCAGUGCUGAUGUGUGUGAUCCGAGGUGCAAUUCAGUGCCCUUCCCUGUGUGCAACUCAGGGACUCUCCCAGUGUGCGACUCCGGGUCCCUUCCUCAUGGGGAUGCAUAUGUGGACUAUAUCUGCAUCCCCAUGUGCACCUCUGGGAAUGGCUCUGGGAACCAGCCCACAUUUGACUAUGUGUACCUCCCUGUGGGACAUCCCCUGUGCAAUUCUGUGCGCCAGUCUGAUUCUGGCUUCCAUAUUAUAUGUGACACUAUGCCUUCUGCCAUGACUGCCCCCAUGUUUCAUUCAGUGAGUGGUUCAGUAUCUGCCCCAACAUCCAGCCCCAUGUGCCACCCAGUGGCUCAGGUUGUUGGUGGCUCUGCUUCUGCUCCAAUUCCUCACCCUGUCCAGCCCCCAAUGCCUUACUCUCUGUCUAUCCCAGCAAACAAUGCUAUGUCUGCUCUGCUCUCACACUUCAUGGCUGGCUCUGCUAACAGUAACCCUGUUCACACCCCUGUUUCUCACACUGUGUCUGGCACUAUGCCCACCUCAGCCUCCCAUCCACCAAGUGCCUUGGUGUCCCAUGCUGCUUGUGGCUCUGUGUCCAUCGCAGCAUCCCACCUCCUAAAUGCCCCAGUGUCCCAUGCUGCCUGUAGCUCUAUGUCCACUCCAGCAUCCCAUCCCCUAAAUGGUCCAGUGUCCCAUGCUGUGUCUACUCCAGCCUCUCACCCUAUUUGCACCCCAGUGUCCCACACUAUGUCUACUCCGGCUUCUCGCCCUGUUUGUAUCCCAAUGCCCCAUGCUAUGUCUACUCUAGCCUCUCACCCUAUUUGCACCCCAAUGCCCCAUGCUAUAUCUACUCCAGCCUCUCGCCCUGUUUGCACCCCAAUGCCCCAUGCUAUGUCUACUCUAGCCUCUCGCCCUAUUUGCACCCCAAUGCCCCAUGCUAUGUCUACUCCAGCCUCUCAUCCUAUUUGCACCCCAGUGUCCCAUUCUAUAUGUGGCCUUGCAUCCACCUCAGUAUCCCACCCUUUGAGCAUGCCAGUGUCCCGUGCAGUGCAUGGCUCCAUAUCUAACACAACAUCUCGCUCUGUAAGCAUUCCCAUGGCUCGCUUUGUGGGUGCCUCUGCCUCUUCCCCAGUGGCUCGGUCUCUGUCUCACUCAGUGUGCAGCCCUCACCAGGGUCCGUUAGGCAGUACAGUGUCCCGCUUUUCUUCACAGUCUGCAUGGGUCUCCAGAGCGGCCCCUGCAUCUCGCUUUCAAUCUAGCUCCAAAUUACGCUCUGCAUAUGGCACUCAGCCUCACUUUAAAUCCCGUUCUGCAUAUAGUGCUCUGUCCCACUCUGCAUCCCGCUCUGCAUAUGGUACUCUGACCCGCUCUGCCUGGAAAUGUACUCUCUAGGCUACAAUGGACACAACUACAUCGGUAGACCAACAAAGACUUAAGCAACUAAAGCAAGAUUUGCACAAAGGCUUGUUUGAACUGGAAAGUGUACUUACACCAAGACAUACCAUGCACUGAGGGAGAACAAAGUGUGUGGUUCUGGGACAUUCAUACACACAUCUGCAAUAUGCCAGGAAACAGAGGACCUCCAGCAGCAGAGAAGGGCAUUUGAUAUUGUGCACAAACUGGAAAGUGAUACUGUGGUAAAAAUGAGCAAGCUCCCAACUUGGAGCUAGAGGGUUUUACAGUCACAGAACUUGGACUCCAUUAGUCAAUCAAAUUGCUCUUUCAGUCCAAGAUAUUUUAUGAACAGUUUUCUCUCAUCCUCCUUUGCUUUGAUUAGCAGUUUGCACUUCUCACCUAGUUGUUGGUCCUGCUGAGCUAUACUGCUCAUGCCAAAUCACUGUUUUACAUAAAAUGCAUCAAUCUCAGGAUUAUUCAAAUAGAUAUAAAAUAUGAUAAUACAUUAGUGACAGAAAUCAUGACCUCCCACAGGUCUUGCUUAGCAGGCAUUGGACCCUGAACGCCUGACUUGUUAUGCUAUAUAUCUAUUUUUAUGCUACUAUAUUUCCUUAUCAGGCUUUGAAAAUGAAGGUGGUUACACCAUAAAACCAUGGGCUAAAAUCAAGCCUGCUUUAUGUUAACUGAAAUCAAAAGAGUUAUUUCACAUGUUAUCAUAAUUUAGCAUCAUAACUCUUGACGUAUUCCAGUCCCAGUGUCAAGAAUCUGAUGUGUCAAAUUAAAAAGGCUGCAGUAUUCAGCGAACAAAUUAUUUAAUUACUUCAGACUUUACAAAUGACCUUAUGACUUCUAUAUUGUGCAAACUAAUGGAGCUAUUCUAGUGUGUAUCAUAGGCUUUUAGGUUUAUGAGCUUGAACUUAAUAGCUAGGAACAUUAAUUAUGCAUAAACUGGUUUAAGUGAUCAGAUACUGGUUCAAACAACAGAAGUUCAGUGCACAUAAACUGCUUUCAAAAUGGUUGAAACCAGUUUAAGAUAAACCUGGAUGGAUGUAGUAUCAGACUUAACUGAUUUAGGUUAAAUCAGUGUAUUGAACUUCUGUUACAGAUCCCCUCCAGAUUCAAGUUAACUCUUAGUCCUCCAGCUUCCAAGGAUGCUUUUACCUCCCCUGCAAGCCCCACCUCACAGGGUGUGGGCGUUAGCUUUGGCCCAAGCUGUCUGCUCUAGCUGAGCAGGGAAGUGUGCUCUAGCUCCCCUUGGCUUCUGGCAUGGGCCACUGCAAACAUGUGGCUGCAUUUCUGGAAUCAAAAGUGAAUGUCUGUUCACUUACUUAUUGGUUCAAUCUAUGCAACUUAGAUUAACCUGCAAAGAUUGAAUUAAUUCAGCCUUGGUCUUUUUGACUGGCUGUACAUAGCCAAUGAGUUCAAGUAAAGACAAUUCCACCAAAAGGCUUGAACUGAGGAAAGAAAUAUGAUGCUUUCCUUUGUUUUUGUUUGUUUGUUUGUUUUACUUAAACAGUACACUGAGAAACUGAGGAGGUUGUAAGUAGUAUGGUACAGCUACUUGAAUCCUUCUGCAUCAUUUCACUACUCAUCUCUUCCCACAAAUUUUGGAAUACAAGUCAUACCAACAUCAAGGUACAAAUUACCAUUGCCCCAUAUCCAGACUUUGGUGUGAUUUUUUUUGUGUGUUUUCAUCUUAGGAGAACAUUGGUGUUGCUCAGUCAUUUCCCACUCUGUCCCCUUCAUUCUUUUUCUUCAGUGUGAGAUGUGCCCCAUUUCUUUGUGAGCUGCAGUUUUCUUUUUGGAAAGACCACUAAGGUUUUGUGGUAAAGAGUUUCUAGGGAUUCUUGGUGCUGUAGAUUCUAGAGCAUAUAUUACUUGCAAUAUUACAAUCUGUAGCCCAACUCUCCAUGUGUUUUCAGGAGAUUUCACUCAUAUGUUGGGAAUCUAACAAGAUAUGCAACUAGCUUAGAUGUAUGAACAGGGUAGAAUAAUUCUUUGUCUAAUGGUUCUCAACUGGGGUAGUGUGACAUGCAUCAGGGCUCUGCACCACAUACACUCCUGCUGCAUUAGGCUCUGAUGAGCAAAAGUAGGCAGGGCCUGCCUCAGGCUGUAGCCCUUCCCAUUAUAGCCUCCCUCCACCCCUCCCCAUGCUCCUCUUGGAAACUGAGGGGUAUGGGACAGUUCCAUCUGCAUACUUCUCUUUCUGGGAGUAGUCUGGGGGGCAGACCAGAAAGGGCUAUAGCACAAGGCAGCUCCUGCCUGCUUUAGGCUGAUCAGAGAGCCCAAGUGCAGGAGGAGCAUGCACACAUGCCACAGCCAUUUCUGGGCUGACUGUAUAGCAGGCAUACAGGGUAGUUUUACGAGGAGGCUAUAGCGCCUGGCUGAAAAGCACUGAGAUGAGUUCUCUACUGUGGGUGCCACCACGUUUAAAAAAAAAAAAAAAAGUACUGGAGGGGUGCCCUGACUCUGAACAGAUUGAGAACAACUGGACUAGGAUGCAAUAAUAAGGGAACAGAAAUUCUGUAUUUGCCAGAAAAAGAGGUCAUUGCUGGGUGCUAUAAUGGGGUAGGCAUGAUUCACUGACUUGUUUUUAAUGAAGUUUCAAUUGCCUGUAUUGGAUUUUUUACUGAAAUUUUCUUUGCAUGACUGACAAUAAAAAAGCAAGGUUAAAAAGAAAAAAAAA